UUUAUUUUUCUUAAUAUGUAUUAUACGUUCAAGUGUAAUAAGUGCAUACCUUAAAUCAUUCCACUAUUUUCGCUUUAACGCGUUUACAAACAUUAGGUCAUAACUUCUAGUAAUCACUAAACAAACUUUUGUGGAGUACUUGUGAAUAACUGUAGCUAUAGUUUAGUAUUUUGUGAUCAUUCUUAUCGUGAAGACGUAUACAGGGAAGUAAGAAAAUGAAAUUUGCGGAGCACUUGAGUGCUCAUAUAACGCCAGAAUGGCGAAAACAAUACAUCAACUAUGAGGAAAUGAAAGCAAUGCUAUACACGGCAGUGGAGGAGGCACCGUCAGCAGAGAAUGUGGAGCCGGAAGUGUUGUCAAGGCAUUUCGCCAACUUUGAUGAGACUUUCUUCCAUUACUGUGACCAGGAACUUAAGAAGAUUAACACUUUCUACUCAGAGAAACUUGCAGAGGCUACUCGUAAAUUUGCUACUUUACAAAGUGAACUUAAAUCCCAAUUCGAUAUGAUGAAGCCGAAAAGUGGAGGUGACAGUAAAAAGGCGAUGCCACGCCGUAAAGUACAAGAAUUGAAACUUGCAUUCAGUGAAUUCUAUCUCAGUUUGAUACUUCUACAGAAUUACCAGAAUCUUAAUUAUACUGGCUUCAGGAAAAUAUUGAAAAAGCAUGAUAAGUUGUUAAACGUUAGCAAUGGUGCGCUGUGGCGGGCGGAACACGUGGAAUCUUCACACUUCUACACAAACAAAGACAUUGACCGACUGAUCAGCGAUACAGAGGCUACUGUAACCAAUGAGUUGGAAGGUGGUGAUAGACAGAAGGCCAUGAAGAAGUUAAGAGUGCCACCCUUAGGCGAGCAACAGAGUCCUUGGACAACAUUCAAAGUGGGACUAUUCUCUGGAUCGUUUAUAGUACUUGCUAUCACUGUGGUCUUAUCUGCUCUAUUCCAUGAAGGUGCGACGGAAAAUUUCAAGACCGCAUUCCGGUUAUACCGUGGGCCAUUCCUUUUAGUACAAUUUAUAUUCCUAAUAGGCAUCAAUGUGUACGGCUGGAGAUCAUCUGGUGUCAACCAUGUUCUGAUCUUCGAAUUAGAUCCAAGGAACCAUCUCUCUGAACAAGAUUUGAUGGAACUAGCUGCUAUAUUCGGCGUUGUCUGGGCACUGAGUAUACUAAGCUUUAUAUACAGUGCAAGUCUCAGUAUACCACCAUUUGUAAAUCCAUUAGCACUUGUUAUCAUUAUGAUUGUGUUCCUUGUCAAUCCAUUGAAAGUGUUCAGACAUGAAGCGAGAUUCUGGUUUUUGAGGAUAUGUGGUCGUAUAUUAGCGGCUCCGUUCAUGCCAGUACUGUUCGCGGACUUCUGGCUGGCGGACCAGUGGAACUCUUUUGCUGCGGCCUUCUUAGACUUUCAUUAUCUCGUUGUCUUUUACAUCGUCGGUGGAGAUUGGUUUAAUGUUAAUGAUUCAUUCGAAUCAGAGUCUUGGUUCAUAAUAUCUCGAGCGCUGGUGAACAUAGUGCCGGCGUGGACUCGCUUCUGGCAAUGUCUGCGUCGGUACAGAGACAGCAAGGAGGCCUUCCCACAUUUAGUCAACGCUGGGAAAUACUCUACCACAUUCUUUGUGGUGCUCUUCGCUACUCUACGUACUAUGUACAGCCAAAAUUAUACCGACUCGUACGAUAAUCCGUUCUUGUACGCGUGGUUCGUGUGUCAGCUCGUCUCCUCUCUGUACACAUACACGUGGGACGUCAAGAUGGACUGGGGACUCUUCAGCUGUGGACCUUCAGCUGAGAACAAGUUCCUGAGAGAGGAGAUCGUCUAUAGUCCUGGAUUCUACUACUUCGCGAUUGUUGAGGAUUUCGUGCUUCGCUUCAUAUGGACUGUGUCCUUCGUGUUGACUGAGAACAAGCUCGUCAGCGGAGAGACCAUGGUCUCUAUACUAUCGCCAUUAGAAGUAAUCAGACGUUUCAUCUGGAACUUCUUCCGUUUGGAGAACGAACACUUGAACAACUGCGGCAAGUUCCGUGCAGUACGCGACAUAUCUGUUGCGCCGCUUGACUCCUCCGAUCAGGCGGAUAUCUUACGAAUGAUGGACCAUCCGGAUGGCGUUGUUAACAGAUUAACAAAGAAGAAACAUCCAAGGAAAAUGAAAGAGAACGACAGAAGACCGCUACUUAAGAAGGAAUCAAUUCAAGAGUUGCAGCUAGAUUUAGACCUGAGCACAAAGAUGUUGUAACCAACUGUGAUAUGUUUUACUUAUUGAUGUUAUUUAUAAGCAAUGUUAUCACUAGUAUUAUUAUGCAAAAUAUAUUUAUAGAUAUC